AUGCAAAAUAAAGCCAGAUACUUACCACCGAAAAAAAAACGCCAAGAAGGAAAAAUGAUGAAAGAAAUCCUACAAAAAAAAAAAGAAAGAAAGGGAAGGAAAAACGAUGAAAGAAAUCCUACAAAACGAAAGAAAGGAAGGGUAGUAAAAAAAGCUACCCAAGAGCCAAACAAACGAAAAAAUGCAAGAGAUAAAGAAUGCCAGAUACUUACCACCCGAAGAAAGAAUGCCAGGAAGGAAAGAAAUCCUACAAAAAAAAAAAAAGAAAAGGGCAAAAAAAAAAAGGUAGUAAAAGAAACUACCCAAGAACCAAAAAGAAUGCAAAAUAAAGAAUAUCAAAUACUUACCACCUGA